AUGUCUUCAAAGAAAACUUUCCGUUUGAUCAAGGACUGGACAACUAAUUGUAUCAAACACCAUGAGCAUAGCAGGCCACAACUAGCCAGUUCACUGCCCAAAAGAAUCCUGGAGAUUAGGGUUGAUCAUAUAUACCUCAGAGAGCAACUCGUCAGCUCAGCUCCAUAUGCCUGUCUGAGUCACUGUUGGGGACCCGAUGGCCCAGCUAUCAGAUUGACAGCCAGUACUGUGGGUUAUUUGCGUGAGGGUUUGACUGUACCCGAGUUACCUAAGACAUUUAGAGAUGCUGUUGAGGUAUGUCGACAUCUUGAAGUGCAAUAUCUUUGGAUUGAUGCACUAUCAGGUAUUCUCCAAGACAAUAAAGAAGACUGGGAAGAAGCAGCGACCACGAUGGCCGACGUCUACGAGAACGCAUAUAUCACUAUAGCAGCUACUUUUGCUCAGAACAGCAACGGCGGCCUGUUCUCUUCCGCUCGUCCUGUCACGAGACGCCUGGACAGGCAUCCCCACCUCUUUAUCCGGGAGAUACCACCGUUCUUCCCCAGUGGCUUCUUUUCCGGAGACACAACAUCAUGGCCGCUGCUGACUCGCGCCUGGGUGUACCAAGAGCGAAGACUCUCGGCUCGUACUAUACACUUUGGAAAAUACCAGGUGUACUUCGAGUGCCAAAGUCACUUCGCCUCCGAGGAUGCUAGCGAAGACAAGGCAUGGAGACAAGAUGCGGAUCACAUCCAAGACCCCUAUGACCUCCAAUGGGGCGAUAAAAUUGUGGAUUGUGCGAAGAAUUGGCAAAAGAUCUUGAGGGAGUACACUCCCCUGGGACUAUCCUACGAGAGUGAUCGUCUACCAGCUAUCGCAGCUUUGGUUGAUCGAAUGUCGAUGCUGCGAAGAGCAGACGACGUCUACAUUGCGGGCAUGUGGAAGAACACUAUGCUUUCGGAUAUACUGUGGAUUGCAGACUCCAACCAACCGCGCCCUGCACGUUUAGUUCCCUCGUGGUCUUGGGCAUCAACUCAAAACGCAGGAGUUACGUGGUAUGCAGGCACCUUGCUCGACACGAGUAAGGUCGUCAACCUGGAGUAUACGGCAUUAGGUUCCGCUCAUCUUGGAGAUGUCAGCAAUGCUAGUAUUGUGCUCAGAAUCUCUGUAUUGAAUCUCACUGACGCAAAAACCCUUUCCCCAUUUGACGCAAGGGACCUCAAUCACCACAGAUCUUUGAAAGGCAUCCUGAGGUCAACCGACCUAUUCAAGUGGAAAAGUCUGAGGUCGUUUCAUCCUGUUUUCUACGCGGACUACGAUCUAGCCACCACCGACGCUGCGUACUCACCUAGGUGCGUCUUGAAGCUCUUAGUUUCGAAGGAUGCGAGUGGUGACCUAGGCGGACCUAUCAUUCGACAAGUAGCCAAGAAUUCUGCAGAGUACCAGAGAAUCGGCUUUCUUCGUAUACAUACGCGAAUCUUGAAGUAUUCAAACCCUGAAGUAACCGGUGGAUAUGCCGAGGAUAAGGAAGUACAAGUUGACGACUGGAUCCGGUCACUACCCGUGGAAGAAUUGAAGAUUAUAUGA